AUGUCUAAGCCGACAACCAAUGACACCGCCAAUCUCGUCAACUCCUUCCCUAGAAAGUACACGAAAAUGGGCAUCGGCGGCGCAGGAAACAUCCGCAAAUCCUCGACCAUCCGCCCCGUUCCCUCCGUCCCCCGCCUGAUCCCCAGCCCCUCAACAGGCACAUUCCAUACCGGCAUAGGGGGUGCAGGCAACUCCCGUUCGUACGAAGAGCGCGCUUCCAUCCCCCAAUUCGAACGAGAACUCCGCAGCUCGACACGGAAACAGAACGCGGCGGGGUCGUGGUAUCACGGGAUUGGCGGCGCAGGGAACCGAUCGAGUUCGGCGGACUCAAGGUCCAGUGAGAGCUCGUUGGAGAGUACGAGGAGUUGGAGGCUGGGUGCUGAGAGAAUCUUGGGGAUGGUGAGUGGGUAUUUCAGGAGCAAGCGGAGUGCAGCUGCAGAUGAGAAGGAUGCGUAUUGA